AUGAUAUUUUUGCUGUUUACUGUAGCACUCGCAAGUGCGGACCCCCUCCGUCAAGCACUCCAGUCUAACGAAGGACUGGCCAGACUUUUCACCCAGUACGAGACAGUGGAGGGUAAAGUCUACUCGGCUGAUGAAGCGAGGUUGAGGUUCAGAUUGUUCCGGAAGAGUGUGAAGAAUGCGGCGGACACCAACGAGCAGGAUCUAGGCUGGACAGCUGGACUGAACCUGUUCUCUGACUUGACUGAGGAGGAGAAGGGACAGUACCUAGGUCUGAACAUCUCUCUGUCUCAUGCUCAGGGGGAGCCAAUGCCUCUUUCAGAUGCUCCUGCAGCUGAGGAGAUUGAUUGGAGGAAGAAAGGUGGGGUGACUGGUGUGAAGCAACAAGGCAGAUGUGGAUCUUGCUGGACUUUCGGAGCUGUCGGCAGUAUUGAGGGAGUCCAUUUUGAUAAGACUGGUAUUCUCAAGAAGUUCGCUGAGCAGGAGCUAUUAGACUGUGUCUAUGAGGGUAAAAGGGACGGAUGCCAGGGAGGUUUGAUGCACGAUGCCUUCAACUACAUGAAGCAAACACAAAGACUAGCUCCUUCAGCUGCUGUCUCCUACACUGCUAAAGACGGAUCUUGCAACUAUGGAAGCAAACCUAAUGGCUUGGAAAGAAAGGUUGAGGGAAUGUUCGAGAUUUCCAAAUCUGAAACAAAUCAUGUUAGUGCUCUCUCCAGAGGUCCCAUAGCAGUUGCUUUUGAAGUAACGAAUAACUGCCGGCAAUACAGAGGAGGAGUGUUUAAAGACAUGUCCUGCACAGGGCAACCAAACCACGCGGUCACUAUGGUGGGUUACAACAGCAAGACAUUCGCUAUUAAGAACAGUUGGGGAGGGAGCUGGGGAGACAGUGGUUACAUCCACAUGUCCAGGAACCACGGCAAUUGUGGACUUUACUCUCAUUCUGUAGUUAUUUCUCUGGCUGGAUCUAGACCUGACCCUAUCCCUGAUCCAACUGAUGGACCCAUUCCAACCCCUUCUGAUGGACCCAUUCCGACCCCAACUGAUGGACCCAUUCCGACCCCAACUGAUGGACCUGACCCAGACCCUAGCUGUAAAGAUCUCGCACAUAACUGCGACCUGUUCGUGGACUGGCUGUGCAAGUACCAACCAGAUAACUGCAGGAAGACGUGUGGAUUGUGCUAGAUUGAUCAGGAACCAACCUGCAUGUUAGGAUUCUUGAAAAAAGUAACAGAUUGUAUUGUGCACUCUUA